UUCUUCCAAACCCUUUUUUUUUGUGACGCUCGAGAACUAUAAAUAGUGCAUGAUGUAUUUACUCAUGAUUAUUUCUUAACAAGUUACCUUAGCUAUGGCCAGUCUAAUUGCUGGAUUAUGACCGUAGCGUAGCCCUAGGAGGGGACAUUCUGAAUCAGAAAGCGGUGCACAUUAUUCUGCCGCCAAUUUUCUUAUCAAGUGAUACGCCGACUGCUCUGACAAAAAUUGCAUGUCAGGUUGAUUGCUCUAAUUCUUCAUUAAUAAUAUAUCGACUAUCUUUAUUAAUUGGAUAAAACUUACCUUCUACACUACGACACGCGAUUCCAAUCAUCCGGAGAGAAACGAAACCAUGGCCACAGACGCAGACUCCGACCCCGUCGUCGCAUCCUACGACGUCUACCUCACAGACUCCGAAAUCUCGCGCUACGUCCUGCAAUACCUCGACCGACCCGCGAACCAAGCCUAUGAUGAUCGCCAUGGCCAAAAGCCUACAGCGCUCCGUCUGAAGCCGCAAACGGGGCUCGUUGAAGUGGACGUCCCGAUUAGCACGCGGGUGAAUUAUGAUGUCGGGAAGGGGCUACGGUACGGUGAUGCGAUAAAGAAAAGUCGGAGUGCAAGAGAAGGGGGUGCGUAUGGUAUGGCGGGUGGGUUCAGUGGGGGGGGUGCUGGUAGUGGUAGCAGUGGUGGGAAGGUUAAGAUGGAGGAUGGGGAUGUGGAGAUGGGAGGGAUGAAGAAAGGGGGAGAUGCGGAGGAGACGGCGUCGUUGUUGAGGCUUCAGACGCUUGGUGGGAGGAUUAAAACGCCGGAGGAUGGGGAUCCGGUUUAUAUGCUUGGUGCAUUUCGGGGGAAGGAUUUACAUCUUUCUCCCGUGUCUGCUGUUGUCCAAUUACACCCACAAUUACACCACCUCGAUGCCUUGGAUGAGGUUCCUACAAAGGGGAGAGGCAAAGCCCGGAAAGAAGGCGAGGAGGAACGCGCCGCCGAAAACGAAGCCCGGACCAUUGAUGUUAAGAUCAAGGCCGCCGGUGAAGAUGGAGAAGCCGCCAUGGUUGCUGGCAAUCUGGAGCUUCUGAAGAAGAUGCAAGAUGAGAAGUGGAAUGCGUAUGAAUGGGUUGAUGCAGAGACCGAUGAAUCAUGGCAAACAUAUGAAGGAUGCAUGAUCAAUCAGGAGAUAGAGACCCUCCCGCAGUUGCAGUCCGCUGUUGAGGGUGAAGACUACUUGGAUCAGAUGAGCGCACCGCGUAUUGACCCGGCGCAUCCAGAAUUGACCGGGUGGGCGAUGAAGCAGAAUCGGAAGAAGCAGCAAGAGGGUAGUCCGGUUACGGAAUGAGUGGCUUAUUUUGUUGCCUGACUUGUUGUGUAAAUGCAUGGGUAUUAGAGUGUUACGGUUGCAUAUAUCAUGUUGAUUCAUUUUUAUUUAUAUUUUCGCUCCAGUCUAGGGAUGAAAUAGGAACAGGGAUGUUCAGGGUGAUGACAAUGGCUCUCAGAACGAGUAGUUAAUUCUUUGCUCUCUAAGUAGGGUCGGGUGAAUAUAUACCGAAGUACCAACCCCACCUAUUGACACGACUCAAACACGCAUAAUUAUUCUAUUCCCACUUUUUUAACAGGAAAUCCUGAAGCAAAGAACCAUACACAGAAGUUUACAACCAAAUCCAC